AUGGGAAAUAAAAAAUGUUGGGAAUCAACAGCUUUGGUCUGUCGGCUAACGGCACUGGUGCUACUUAUGCUACUUUUGCGUGACACUCCCCACGUUGUGAAAGCGGAAGGCAUCGGAGAUGGUCGCGAUACUUCGAACUCUUGCAGUCCUGAGGAUCAGUGUCUGACCCCAGAAUGCAUACAUACCGCAUCCGCGGUCCUGAGGAACAUGGACCCGAACGUGGACCCUUGCGAAAAUUUUUAUAAGUUCGCGUGCGGUGGCUUCAUCAACGAAACGAUCGUACCCAACGGCCAGUCUCAAGUGGACAACUUUAAAAUACUGGAAAAUGAAAUUUAUGAACAGAUGAAGUCAAAAAUCCGAGCCAAAAGUGAAGCCGAUGAACCAAGAUACCUCACGCUGAUGAAAGAUUUUUACCAAAUUUGUAUUAACAAGUCCGCAGAGGACCCCACGAAGGACCCUUUUCGAAUAGAAUUGGAUAAACUCGGUGGGUGGCCCGUUAUUCUUGGCGAUGAAUGGAAAGAAAAUGAAUUCGAUUGGAUCGCUGCGAUUCAUAAAUAUCGCAACGCAGGCCACUUCUACAACAGCCUCAUUGAUUUUCGAAUCGAUCGACCGGUACUAGAAUUCUACGACUUAGAUCUCUCAGGAAACAUUGACGAAACGAGUAUCAAUGGAUAUUACCUACACAUGGUUGGAAUAGCUGCACUGCUCGAUGCUGAACUGGAGUACGCAAUAAAGGAACUCGGAAAAGUACUGGAAUUCGAAAUACAACUAGCGAAUUUCUCGUCGUCGACUGAAACACCCGAGAACAGGAGCGAGGCGUGUGAUUCAAUGUCUCUCAGGCUGCUGUCAACAACAUACCCCAGCGUACCAUGGAAACAAUAUUUUGAAGGAUUGUUACCAGGGUCAAUGACGGUUGAAGAGAACGAGGACAUAAUCGUAUGCGCCCCGGGCUACUUUACCCGACUAGAAAAACUACUGUCCGAAACCCCGAAAAGGCUUUUGGCAAAUUACUUGAUGUGGAGAGUUAUGGAGACCAUGACGCUUCGCAUAAGUGACGCACCUCGCCAGCAAUCAACGAACUCGACUAGAGUUCCGAAAAAUCUUCUGGAGAGAACGGACGAAUGCAUCAAAGAUGUUUUCAAAGAAUUUCCCCUUCUCGCUGAUGCUGUCUUCGUAAAAUACUACUUCAAUAAGGAAACGAAGAAAAGUGUCAUGGAAAUGGUUUCGAAUAUCAGGGCACAGUACGAGGAUACCGUCAUAAAGGCAGCCUGGGUGGAUGAACCAACACGUAAAACGAUGCUGGACAAAGUCACUGCGAUGGUCGAUCACAUUGGCUACCCCGACGAGUUGUUAGACGAAGAGAAGCUCAACAAGAUGUGCGAAAAACUUAAUUUUUCUGGGAAUAGCUAUUCCGAGAGUAAAUUGAAAUUAACGAAAUUCGAAAACGACUACAAAUUGGGAAAAUUACGCGAACCAUCGAACCGAACUGAAUGGAUGUCUUAUGGACAGUCUGCAGCGACAAUGGCAUUUUAUGAUGAGUUGAAAAAUAGUUUUCAAUUGUCGGCUGGCAUUCUGCAGGGUGUUUUCUUCAACAACGAACGACCGAAUUAUAUGAAUUACGGUGCUAUAGGAUUUGUCAUUGGUCAUGAAAUGAUGCACAGUUUCAACGACGGUGUCAAGCAAUUCGACAAAGAUGGAAAUCUCAUCGACUGGGCACCCGAAACUGAAAAGCUGUGGAACUCAAGCGUGAAAUGCUUGGCCGAACAGUAUGGAAACUACGUCGUUCCAGAGUUGGGCAUAAAAUUGAACGGUUCGAAAUCUCAGAACGAAAACUUUGCUGAUAACGGGGCGAUCAAAAUUGCAUAUCGAGCUUACAAUCGUUGGGCCGUAAAAAAUGAGCCGGAAAAAAAAUUGCCAGGAAUUGAUCUGACUCCAAAACAAAUGUUUUGGUUAAGCGCUGCCAACUCCUGGUGCGUGAAGUACGAGCCCACCGGUCUCCUAUCGCAGGUCAUCUCCGGCGAUCACAGCCCUAAAGAGUUUCGAAUUAUCGGAUCGUUUUCAAAUAUGCCGGAAUUCGCAGCAGACUUCAAAUGUCCACUCGACUCACCGAUGUACCCAAUGAAAAAUUGUUUGAUAUGGUGA